AUGGACGCUUGGCUGCCAAUAUCUGUGACGACUGAUAACAUAACGACAGCUUAUCUCGAUCUCGUCCGAUCUUGCUCGCCAUGGAUGCCGCCGCGUCCCGGUAGCCCGACCUCGUGUCGGACCUGCGGGACAUCUCCACCUGCCUCCACGACGGCGUUCUGCUUCCAUGCCGUCUGCAAGCCCUGGCGCGACACAGUGCCGACGUCGCAUCCGUCGUUCCUGCCGUGGCUCCUCGCGCCGCCAGACGCACCACCGGCCGGCUGUUCCGGUCCAUCUUCUCCAAGGCAGCGUGGCGAGCGUACAGCGUAUAUUCCAGCUGCCACAAGUGGCUGGCGUGCGCAGACGGCGCAGGAACAAUCGGCGGAAAUCAGAGAAAGGCUUCAGACUCCAAACAGCAAUGCAGCUCCGAGAAGCGCCAUUAUCCCCGUUGAGAAACCUCCCCGACAACUUGGGCAGGAUCUACGUGGGCAAUCUGCCAUGGAAGGUGGACAGCUAUCGUCCGCGACAAUUUUUCGGGGAGCAUGAAAAAGUAGCUGAUGCAAGGGUUACAUCGAGUUUAGGGUUAAAUUUUUUUAGGCAUGGUAGAUCUAAUUUCGAUCAAUGUUUUCUAAUUUUUUGAAAAUUUUCAUGACCAUUUUCAUCACCUUUUGAGGAGUGGGAGCACGGGAUCGCACCAAGGGGAGUGGGAGCACUGCAUAUGUUCUCUGGUAAUGGGGUAAUAACCAAGGCAAGAGG